AGUCGAUUAAACGACGUUCGUCCUUGAUCAUAGAUUUUUAAUAUAAAUUAAUUCGGCUCAAACAGUCUUGUCCUGACUAUCCGUGAACUCGGAGGAUCUCGUGAGGACGAUGGGCGAAGUGACAGAGAAAGAACCCAACAUACAGUGGGCUUUAGACCUAUUGACACCUCACCCAGAGCGUGAACAUUUUCCUCUGUAUGAUUAUUGGGUUCCUGUAACGUGUGCUCUGGCGGGUUUCGCCUCGGGUAUGGUCGUGAAUUAUAUUGGCAGAAGACCUAUGUUCUCAGGAAUUCAAACACACAUAACGCUUACUGUAUUGGGAGCUGGUAUAGGACGAUGGGCUCACCUUAAGAGAGAAGCAAUAGUUUCAGAGAGGGAUGCUGUUCUUCGUGAUUACAUUCGGCUCCAUCCUGAAGAUUUUCCAGAACCAGAACGUAAAAAGUGGGCUGAUCAAUUUCUGGAGUGGGUUCCAAUUCGUUAGAGACAAUUAUAAUAUUGUAUCGUGUUCAUAGGUCAUUCAUACAUGCAAUACUACUGUUUGUGAAUAAAUGGUAAAUAUUAUUAA